CCUCCCAAACGGAUGGUGGCGCUGUUCCCGCCACGUACAUUUAUUCUCAUGGCUUUUUUUUUUGCACUCAUUGGUAAAGGAUAACAAGUGUGUCAGAAAACAGAAAGAGCUGCACAGUGAAGCCUCACCAGCUUUGAAGAUGAACAUCGAACCUGUCGUCAUCGUUUCUGCCGCAAGAACCCCGAUUGGGUGCUUGAAUGGCGCUCUGUCCACAGUGCCUCUACGUGACCUUUGUUCAGUAGUGAUCAAGGAUGUUCUGAAGCGGGCAGGGGUGAAACCGGAAGAGGUCUCAGAGGUCAUCAUUGGAAAUGUCCUAACAGCAGGUCAAGGGCAGAAUCCUGCACGACAGGCCAGCGUUGAGGCUGGUAUUCCGUAUCCUGUCCCGGCUUGGAGUUGCCAGAUGGUUUGUGGUUCUGGUCUGAAAGCUGUUAGUUUAGCAGCUCAGUCUAUCCAGGCUGGAGAGGCUUCUGUGGUGGUGGCUGGGGGCAUGGAGAGCAUGAGCAGGGCUCCUCACACUAUGCACAUGAGAGUGGGGGUGAAGAUGGGUGACGUCUCACUGCAGGACUCCAUGGUCGCUGAUGGCCUGAUUGACGCCUUCCAUAACUACCACAUGGGAAUCACAGCGGAGAAUGUGGCCAAGCAGUGGGGGAUCACUCGAGAGGAGCAGGACCUGUUCGCUGUCAAAUCUCAGAACAAAGCCGAGUCGGCGCAGAAAGCAGGGCACUUUGAUCCGGAGAUUGUCCCAAUCGUUGUGCAAUCCAGAAAAGGUCCGGUCGAAGUAAAGUUAGAUGAGUUUCCCCGACAUGGAAGCAACAUCGACAGCAUGUCCAAACUCAAACCAUGUUUCAUCAAAGAUGGCAGUGGCACCAUCACCGCUGGCAACGCUUCAGGUGUAAAUGAUGGAGCAGCAGCCACUGUCCUAAUGAGCCAAUCAGAGGCUGAGAGGCGGGGCGUGGAACCCAUGGCUAAAAUUGUAUCGUGGGCUCAAGCAGGUCUUGACCCUUCCAUCAUGGGAACUGGGCCGAUACCUGCCAUCAGAAAAGCGGUUGAGAAAGCAGGCUGGAAGCUGGAUCAGGUGGAUCUAUUUGAGAUCAACGAGGCGUUUGCAGCGCAGUCCAUCGCUGUGAUCAAAGAGCUGGGCUUGAAUGAAGACAAGGUAAACGUAAAUGGCGGAGCCAUUUCUCUGGGUCAUCCCAUCGGCAUGUCUGGCUGCAGAGUGCUGGUGACGCUGCUGCAUGCACUUCAGAGGACUGGAGGAAGGAAAGGCGUAGCAUCCCUCUGCGUUGGAGGAGGGAUGGGUGUCGCUAUGUGUGUAGAGAGGGUUUGAGAUCAACACCUCACAUGUUGCACUUUAUCUUUUAAAGGGAUAAUAAUAGUUUACACUGAACAGAAGUGUCAAAGAUGGGGUUCACCUAGCUUCUUCUAGUGGGUGUUGUGAUGUUACUCUGCAACAACCUGCCAUUCUCACUGUGAUUUUAAUUUCCUCAGGCUUUAGAUGCAAGAUCAAACUCAAAUACUGGUCUUAAUGUUGUGUGCUUGCAGCUUUUAUACAAGCAAUUGCUAAAAAUUCAAGAUGUAAACGUGCUUUACUGGCUACAGACUGUUCAUGUUCUAUUUGUUUCUAGUUAAGAAUAGAAGUACAAUGAUAAAGCACUACAGCUGGAUGAGACAGGUCUGUAAGGGAUUUGCUUCAUGCUUUCAAAACAUUUCAACGUUCCAUCUUCUCUCCCAGGAGUUGUACAAAUAUGUGCUUUAACAAUUCUGCUUUCUGACCUUCCUGUAAACUAACAUCUGUAAUCAACAUUCUGUUAAGACAUAAUCAAAAUAAUUCACCAAAUAAACAUUCGUUUACAA